AUGAUAGAUAUUAACAAACGAGCGUUUUGUCAUUUUACACUUAAAGAUAUAUUAUCUAUUAUAUCUUCAGUUGCUAUGCCCAUCGCUCUUGCUAUUUAUACUACAAUUGGGUCUCAACAACAAAAACAACAAGCUGAGAAAAAACAACAAUUUGAUUUUGAACAAUCAAGAGAACUAAGACAACAAACACUGUAUGAUGAAUUUUUAAAUAAUAUUUAUAAAUUAGAUAAAGAUGGUUAUCUCAAUGACACAAGAAAUCCAUGGGCAUUUGCAAAUGCAUAUUAUCGUGCUGCGCAUCGCCAAUGGGAUACAACACGUAAAGCAGAUGUUAUACAAUUCCUUAAAGAAAAGCAAUUAAUUGGUAGAAAUAAUUGUAGUGGUGGAUGUAGAACAACAAAUUUAGAUGACAUAAUUCGUUUGAAUGAACUAAGUUUUGAUAAUGUACGUCUGGCAAGUGAAACUGGUCUAUUAAAUAAGUUAAAUUUACAAUGCAUUCUUUUUGAUCAGCUAUCAAUGUCAAAUGGGGAGUUUUCAUCUGUUAAUUUAAAUGGUGCAUCAUUUGAUGGAGGACGAUUAAAUAAUGUUAAAUUUGAUGGUUCAUCUUUACUUUGUGCUAGUUUCAAUGGUGUAAAUCUAUCGGGUGCAGAUUUUGGAAACUCAAAUCUGACAGGUGCACACUUCUCAAACAGUGAUUUAUCUGGAGCUAAAAUAACGGAAGAUCAAAUAAAACAGGCAUCUUUUGAUAAUGUCAUUAUGCCAAAUGGAGAGAAGAGUGAAACUACAUUCUCAACGACACCAAAAGAACCUAUAAUACAAACAGCAGCAAUAUUAAAAACAGAAAUGCCAACAACAAGAACAAGAAUAACAUCAUCACCGACAAUAACACCAUCAACACCCUCAUCAUCAUCAUCAUCAACAGCAACAUCAACGCCUUCGCCAUCAUCAUUAUCAUCAACAAUAACGUCAUCGAUAACAACAUCAACAACAAUAGCUACAACAACAACGUCAUCGAAAACAACAUCAACAAUAACAAUAACAAUAACAAUAACAACAACAUCAACAUCAACAUCAACAGCAGCAGCAGUAACAUCAUUAUCAACGUCGUCAACAACAACAACAUCAAUCGCAGCUUGUAAUAGUACAUUUCUUAAUCAAACUAUUUACUCAGUUGGUAGUAGCCCAGGGUCAGUAGCAGUAGCCGAUGUGAACAACGACAAUCAACCAGAUAUUGUCACUGCAGAUAGCUUUUCAGACACCGUCAGUGUUCUUCUGAAUACAGGCAUCGGUAAUUUUUCUUCUGCAACUGAUUACCCAGUCGAAGGAAGCCCAGAGUCAGUAGCAAUAGCCGAUGUGAAUAGCGACAAUAAACUCGAUAUUGUCACUGCAAAUGGUGGUUCAAACACCGUCAGUGUUCUUCUCAAUGUAGGCAACGGCACUUUUUCUCCUCAAAUUACUUACUCAAUGGGCGCAGCUCCACGAUCAGUAGCAGUACUCGAUAUGAACAAUGACAAUAAACCCGAUAUUAUCACUGCAGGGGGUAGAAAUACCGUCAGUAUUCUCCAACGGUGUUAG